GACACUUGUUCAUACUGACAACUGGCUGGCUGGCUGAGCUGAGCACUGAAAAGUAUAGGAACAUGUCAAUGACCAAUGCGCAAGCGGAAGUUUAACUGUUGACCACCUUUCAUUGAAACUGGACACGCUGAUUCGAGGCACUCGCCCUAGCUGAACUCGGACUGGGAGGCAAUACUGUAUGAAUGGGUGCAAAGUUGACAUCACUUUUAGUCUCAUGGUCUAGUUUCCUACAUGUUAGUCUACUGUAGAUAACAUUUGGAGGAGUUAAUCGACAUGCAUUAGAAGAGGAGAAACACAACUUGCUGGGCUGGUGGACUGGACAGAGGAAGAUUCCGUGAGAACACUCGCAGGGCGCGUAUGGAUUACAUGUAAAGCCAGGGUUGGUUUCGCUGCUAUCUGAGGGAAAGUCAUUCGAGUAGUGCAUUUUCAGGAGACCAUGGACAGACUCGCUUCCGUGCCAGAGGGAUUCCGUUCAGCCUGGAUUGAUGUUGGAUUUACCCGGGACUCCCAGAGCUCACAGCCGUGGAAUGGAGAGUGAAAUACGCGCAAAAAAAUAGGCUAUUUAUAUGAUUGGUGUCAAAUGUAUUUAUGUCCUGGGUAUCAUGGUUUAUUUUCCCAACAAUCGUAAAUAAACUACUUGGAAUCUUGUGAUAAACUUCAAACAGUGGAUACUUCUAAAAGGAGCGCUUUGGUGACACAUUUGUGGAUCUAUUGAAUUAGGCUAUGCACGGAAUUCCACUGUCAAAUGACAGUUUCAAAGACGUUUGUUUUGUUUCCACUUUGUCGCCUCUCUUUCUUUCAUUUCAUCCAUCCACCGUAUCACUCCGUUAACCAGGUUAGAGCCUGAGAGAAAGAAAGCCUCCGUCUCUUAUAGCGCGCCCACACGGGUACCGGGGUCGGGAUGUGGGGUGGCCGAGGUCUCCCAAUGUCUGUCACCGUGGUUGUGACUCUGCUCCUGGUUAUUAUUGACGUUAAGGCGAGUGGAGAGUACUGUCACGGUUGGCAUGACACCCAGGGCACCUGGAGAGAGGGCUUUCAGUGCCCGGAGAAGUUCGAUGGUGAGGAUGCCAUCAUCUGCUGCGGAAAAUGCGAGCUCCGGUACUGCUGCUCCAGCACUGAAGCACGGCUGGACCAGGGGACUUGUGACAACGACAAGCAAGCCCAGGAACCGGGCACCGACAGCAAGAACAAGGAUACGGGCGCAGUACCCAUCUACGUUCCCUUCCUGAUCGUGGGCUCUGUAUUCGUGGCCUUCGUCCUGGUGGGUUCCGUGGUUGCCGUGUGCUGCUGCCACUGUCUCCGCCCCAAACAGGAACUGUCAUCAGGGGGCGGGGGAGGCGGGUCUGGCGGCGGCCAUCUCCUUGAGACCAUUCCCAUGAUGGCCAGUGUGGGCACGUCUCGCGGUUCCUCCUCCCGCCAAUCAAGCACGGCCACCUCGUCCAGUUCUUCUGCCCCUCCUGCCCAGGCACCUCGCCCGGCUCCCCAGCCCAUGAUGCGCACCCAGGCCUCCUGCUGUCUGCCUACAGACGCCAGUGUGUUCGUCAACAUGCCCACCAACUUCUCUGUGCUCAACUGCCAGCAGGCCACCCAGAUCAUGCCCCACCAGGCACAGUUCAUCCACCCCCAGUACAUCGGCUACGCCACCCACCACAUGUCCCCACCCCAGGGGGUCUACCUGGACCCCACCCAGGGGGGCUACAGACAGCUGCAGUCCCCCUACCCCCCACCCACCAGUGCCACCAGUGAGCAGAAGUACCCUCCAGUAACAGUUUGAGGAAGGGGCCAUUUUGUGGACUGUGUGUAACAGACCUUGUGAGGACUUUGUGGAACUCUGCCAGAAAAUCUUAGGGGGAUUGCGUGAGAAAGCUUAUGGAGAUUGCAUGAGAAACCUUAUGGGGACAUUGGGAGCUCGCCAGCUUGGAGAGAGAAUGAUAUGGACUCAGGCUCACACAGAGGACUUGUAAAACCCAAGCUGGGAUCUGUGCCUGACCAGCCACAGUGAGUUGUCUGUCUGUCCUACAUCCCACUGGGCACACACUGGUUGAAUCAACGAUGUUUCCACGUCAAUUCAAUGAAUUUACGUUGAACCAACGUGGAAUAGACGUUGAAUUGACGUCUGUGCCUAGUGGGAUAUGUAUGAUAUGUAAAGGUUUGGCAAACAUUGCCUCAGGGUAAUGAUUCUGACUGAGUCGACCUCACCCCAAGAUAGAGUAUGCGAGGACAAGAAAGGGGUAUAUCUGUCUGGUUGUCCUCAUUCAAGAAAACACAAUCACAUAGAGGGGUGAUGCUACUCACCAUGGCCAACGACUCUCAGCACGUACGUAUGCGUGUUUAACAUCGGUGUAGCAUUGUUGUAUGUGUAAAUGAGUGAAUGAGUGAAUGUGUGUAUGUACAGUACAGCACAGUACGGGUGGUGAGGGUGCUGUGUCUAGUGUGUGUG